AUGACCGCAAAGAAGGCCUACGUGCGUCGGCUGGUGUCCAAGGACGGCCACAACCGCGUGAAGAUCGAGAACGUGGAGGGCAUGGUGAAGCUCUACCUGCACGACAUCUGGACCACCGUGGUGGACAUGAAGUGGCGCUACAAGCUGACGCUCUUCGCCUCCACCUUCGUCCUGACCUGGUUCAUCUUCGGCGUGCUCUUCUACCUCAUCGGCAUGGCCAACGGCGACCUGGAGGAGGACCUGCCCCUCAACCACACGCUGUGCGUGAUGAACGUCCAGUCGCUGACGGGCGCCUACCUCUUCUCGCUGGAGUCGCAGACCACCAUCGGCUACGGUUUCCGCUACAUCUCCGAGGAGUGCCCCGUGGCCAUCUUCACGCUGGUGGCGCAGCUGGUCAUCACGGGCCUGGCCGAGAUCUUUGUGACGGGCGCGCUGCUGGCCAAGCUGGCGCGGCCCAAGAAGAGGGCCGAGACCAUCAAGUUCAGCCAGUCGGCCGUGGUGUGCAAGCACGAGGGCAAGCUGUGCCUGAUGCUGCGCGUGGCCAACAUGCGCAAGAGCCUGCUGAUCCAGUGCCACCUGACGGGCAAGCUGCUCUUCCCCUACGUCACGCAGGAAGGGGAGAAGACGCAGAUCCAGCAGGCCAACGUGGAGUUCCAGCUGGACAGCAGCGGGGAGUGUCCCUUCCUCAGCCUGCCCCUCACCUUCUACCACGUGCUGGACCACAGCAGUCCCAUGGCGGGCCUCACCGCCGACAACCUCCAGACCAGAGACUUCGAGCUGCUGGUGACGCUCAACGCCACCAUGGAGUCGACGGCGGCCACCUGCCAGACCCGCACGUCCUACGUGCCGCAGGAGAUCAUGUGGGGCUACGAGUUUAAGCACUUGCUCUUCACCACCCCCAGGGGGCGCUACGUUGCCGACUUUAACUUCUUUGAUAAAGUGCAACUCUGCAAUGACUCCACCAUGCUCAGCAAUAACACGGAGAAGCUUCAGCUAGAACAGGAGUAUCGUAAGGAGUAAAUGAAGAGUUUCGUUGCGAACA